UGGAAGGUGCUGAGAGAUGCUUUUGUAAAACAUAAAAAACAAAAGCAUCCUCCCAGUGGCUCUGCAGGUGGGACAGUCAAGGAAUGGAAAUACGAGGUUGAAAUGUCGUUUCUACUGCCUCAUUUGAAUCCAAGAAGCUCAAGAUGUUCACUGGAUCCAAUACAACCACUGGAAGACACACAGGACCCCAUUGAUCUGAGCGCAAUAGAGGAAGAUGUGGGGUGCACAGCAACUCCAACAUCACAGAGGUGUAACACCCCAACCCCACCAUCUGAGCCAAUCACAUCAACACCCCACUCCCGAGCAAGUCCCACUCCAGCCCACCCCCGCAUUCAAGCUAUUCUGUCAGAGACUAGACAAAGCACCCAAUCUCAAACAAGACCUGCACGUGACAGGAGAAGACAAGUAGUUCCUGAAGUUGAGCAACAGCUACUGGACAUCAUCUCCAUUCCAACUUCAAAUGUCCCCCCUCAUGUCCCUACUGUGCAAGAGGAGAUGUACUAUUUUGCUUUGAGUUUGGUGCCUAGGCUAAAUAGGCUAUCACGUGAGGCACAGGCCCAGGCCCAAACUAAUUUUUUGACAUUUCUCACUGAACUGGAGGACAGACAGCUGGCACAGAUGAACACCCCAGGUCCUAUAAGAGGAAGCCAGUCUUCCACCUCCACUGCAUUUCACCCUUACAGCCCCACACUCCAAGCCCGGUCCCAAUAUCAUCCUGUUCCUCCCCAAGAUGACCCUCCCAGGACAUUUUUGGAGAAUCUGUCUGACCCUUUACCCCACAGCUACCACAAUUUUUAA